AAAUAGUGCUUAGCUUGCUACUUUCAUUAGCCCUCAUUUUGGAAUCUUCUAACCCUCAUCAUGCCUGUAUCUCGACGAGGAAGUGGCAGUAUCACUCUACCGAGUGGCCAUACAAUGGCCGUUCACACCAGAACUCAAGAUGAAGAUAUUCUGCCCCAUGCAACGAAGAGGACUAUGGCAGACCAUCUGCGGAGACUUGAGAGUCUGUUCACGUUGACACCACAGAGAAUGAGGAUGAUAGUCGACGCUUUCAAGGAGACUCUCGAAUUGGGCUUGGAAAAGCCUAAGCAAGUCGUUCCUAUGAUCCCUACCUUCGUGUUUGGAUGGCCUACUGGAAGAGAAAAAGGAGAUUAUUUGGCCGUAGAUCUAGGCGGAACGAACCUCCGCGUCUGUCUUGUAAAUGUACAAGGAGAGGGCAAAUUCGAAGUCACACAGACGAAGUAUCGUCUCACUGAGGACCAAAAGCAAGACGAUGGUCAAAAGUUGUUCGAUUUCUGCGCCGAAUGUCUCAAAACAUUCGUAGACAACAACUUCACAGAUGAUGGUGGAGAACUAUCAUUGAAGCCCGGUGAAUCCUUACCUCUCGGGUUCACAUUUUCCUAUCCUUGUUUCCAGAAGGCAAUCGACCACGGAGAGUUGAUCCGGUGGACGAAGGGUUUUGGAGCUACCAAUACCGAGGGUCGUGAUGUCGCUGAAAUGUUCCGCAAGUCUCUCGAGAAAUAUAAAUUACCCGUAGCUCUCACUGCACUCAUUAACGAUACGACUGGUACUUUGAUUGCAUCUCACUACGUCAACCCUAACACGAAGAUUGCCGUCAUAUUUGGCACGGGGUGCAAUGCUGCCUACAUGGAGAAGGUGCGCGAUAUCCCGAAGAUCAAAGACCUGAACAUAGACGAGAAGGAUGAAAUGGCGAUCAAUUGUGAAUGGGGCGCGUUCGACUCCUUUGAACACGAGCAUCUUCCGAGGACGAAGUACGAUGUGACGGUGGACGAAACAUCGAACAAACCGGGCGAACAGGCCUUCGAGAAACUGAUCUCAGGGAGAUAUUUGGGAGAAAUUCUCCGGCUAGUGAUAUGCGAGCUUAUUGAUGAAGGUGUACUCUUCCUUGGACAGAACACUUACAAACUGGAAACCCCCUACGUCUUCGAGACCGCUUUUCUUUCUUUGAUGGAGAGCGACCCCACCGAUGAACUUCUGAUGAUCAUUGGUAUCUUCACGCACUUCUUCGCUGUGGAAACAACACUGGCGGAACGCCAGUUCUUCCGCGCUCUCGCAAAGCUUAUCGGUCGACGUGCGGCUCGCCUCAGUGCUUGUGGUAUCGCCGCUAUCGUUGACAAAAUGGGAUACUUGGAUGAGGGAUGUUCCGUGGGUGCUGAUGGGUCUCUCUACAACAAAUAUCCUGGGUUUGCCGACAGAGUGCAUGAAGGGCUGGUCGACAUCUUUGGCGAUAAGGGAAGGAACAUCAUAACACACCACGCUGAGGACGGAAGCGGUGUUGGUAGCGCAAUCAUAGCUGCGAUGACUAAGGUGCGAAGAGAUGCUGGUCUGUACCCCCAUGUUUGAACAGAACUCGAGAUGGUUGGCCUGGUGGAAAAUAAGAAUGGCGCUGGAAGUAACGAUCACUUCAACAUAGAAGGACAAUCAACGUAUUCGCUCACGUUAAGAGGUAAAUACAAUCGAUAUUCAUACUGCGAAUUCAAUGCUAUCUUGCUUUGUCUAUGUCAUGGUACAUUUUGGGAACAAGCCCGC